AUGUUGUGGUACAUAAUCGCGAGCUGUGCGCUGGCGGUGUCAGUGUCCGGGCACGGUCGAGUGCUAGACCCGCCGUCCCGCGCGUCCGCGUGGCGUUUCGGUUUCCCCACGACACCGGACUACGAUGAUGAUGGACGGAACUGCGGAGGAUUCUCUCACCAGCAUGAAGUUGUUGGUGGCAAAUGCGGUAUUUGUGGUGACCCGUACGACCAGCCCCAACCGAGAGACCACGAGCUAGGGGGUACAUGGGGGGAUGGCUUAAUCGUGGCAAAAUUCACCGCAGGCCAAGUCUUCUCAGCGACUGUCGACCUUACAGCAUACCACAAAGGCUAUUGGCAGUUCAAAAUCUGCACAGACCCGACUAGAAACGACCAAGCGUGCUUCGACGAGAACAUUCUAGAACUCGAAUCUGGUGGUAAUAAAUAUUACCCGAACAGAGACGCUAAAUAUACAAUGACGUAUCGACUUCCCUCGGAUUUAUAUUGCGAGCAUUGUGUCCUCCAAUGGCAGUAUAUUGCUGGGAAUAACUGGGGCAUUUGUAAGAAUGGGACAACUGGGUUAGGAUGUGGGAAUCAGGAACAAUUCGGUGCGUGUUCUGAUAUCAGUAUAUCCGUACCAUUAGCGAACGCUGAGAAAAAGCCUGCGUAUUACCAAAGAUUAGGUUACCUGGACGUACAAGGUGAGACUGGCAACAGAAAAUAA